AUGAGCAGGCUGCACCGCGCGGCUGCCCGCGGCGACCUGGCCUGGCUGAGGCGCUGGCGCUGGGGGCUGAGGGUGCUGGGCAUCGACAGCCGUGACCAGGCGAAGCGGACCCCUCUGCAUCUCGCCUGUGCCAACGGCCAUGCGGAUGUGGUGAGAUUCCUAGUGAGACAGGACUGCCAGGUGGACCUGUGUGACAACUGGAGGAGAUCGCCCCUGAUGAAGGCAGUGCAGAGCCAGCAGGAAGAGUGUGUGGCUGUUCUGCUGGAGCAUGGGGCUAACCCAGAUCUCCAGGAUGCUGACGGCAACACCGCCCUCCACCUGGCUGUCCUGUCUCAUAAUGUAGACAUGGUGUUGCUGUUACUGGAGCAUGAUGCUGAUAUUGAUGCAGAGAAUAAGGAGGGAUGUACCCCGCUGAUCCUGGCUGUCUCUGAACAUCACAAAGAGAUGGCAGAGGUUCUCCUGAAAAUAGGAGCUGAUGUGCAGGCUCGAGAUCUGAGUAAAAGUCUUGGGAAACAACUGGCAGAAGAUGCAGAGCAGAAGAGCACAGGAGAAGCUUCUGUGCGUGGUGGCCAGGGCUGCACAGCACGUGGCACUCUUCACUGGGCAGAACCUGCUGGCUUCAUGUUGGGGGCACCUGCUGUGGACAGAGGAGCAACAGAUGACUGGUCCGAAGGACGCUCAAUCAGGUGA